GUGCAGGUGCGCAACGUGGAACGAAAGUUGCUUCUGGAGUCGUGCUGGACCCCGUUGCCAAAGAGCGAUGAGGAGGCUGAAAGCGACUCGGAGCUUGAGUCUGCCAGCCGACUUUCGGAGGGCUCUGUGGUUAUUGACCUGGGUAUGCCGGAGGAUCUGCCGGCAGACCUCCAGGUGACGCUGAGAACUUCAUGGGAAGAGCUCUGCGGCUGUCGUCGCAUUGAGAAGGUACUCUGCGCAUUUUGGCUGAAUACCGGCUAUGUCUCGGCAGAGUUCUGCUUGCAUAGGUCCCAGCUGGACCUUCCCCGAAU